AUGAACGUGCUGCUGAUCCAACCGUUAGGACUCCUUGCUCCUCACAGUGAGAAGGCUCCUAAAGAGGGAUUCUACUUGUAUAAUUCUUCAGGAGAUGGGCGGGACGCAGGAGACUCUUGGAACGUGGCCUUUUUGAGAAAUCAGGAGAGGACGCACAUCCAUGGCUCCAGGUUUUGGAUGGAUGCACAUAAUCCUGCUGUCAUCAUUUCAUUCGAAAAGGUUCUUGCUGGUCAGUUCUGUGGGAUGCAUUAUGGAUAUCUCGAUGAAAGACUGGGAGCCAACUAG